AUGGACUCUCUCCCAGACGAAAUCGCAACUGAAAUCUUCGGGUUUUUAGCAGCAAAUGACCUAUGCACAGUUUCACUUAUAAAUAAAAGAUUCCACAGCCUGGCUCAGUCAAACUUCAUAUGGAAAAACGUAUUCUCCAGAAGAUGGAAUAUGGUGCCAUCUUCUGAAGGAAACUUAAAAGAAUUCUAUGCCAACUUAAACUGUAGAGUCACAGGAAUCAUCAGUCAAUACCAAUCUGAAAACCACAGACUGCAAGAACUUUUGGCGUUUGAAAAGAAAAGGCAGCUUGAAAGCUUGAACCAAAGAAUUCAAGAAAAAAAGAACAAGCGGUUUAUCAAAGAACUGGAAAUGUCAUUAUAG